CCGUUGAUAAAAACAUUGGCACUUUUAAUCAACGAUUAUUACAUCUUGAACGAGAAUUUAAUAUCCAACAGCAAAAAGAUCGUUGUAUAACCUUGAAAUAGUCGGAUUUAAAGAAAGCAAACAAGAAACCUUUCUGAUUGUUUCUUAUCCAUAUGCAAAGCAUUGGAUGUGCAAACUAACAAGGAAGAUAUAACAUCAAUACACCGUGUACCCUCCAAAAGGCCUAACUCAAAGAUGCCCAAAAAUAUUAUCGCUAAAUUGGGAAAUCUCCUUAUAAAAGACACCAUAAUAUCGGCCAUCCGUAGAAAGAAAGGACUCACUUCUAAUGAUCUAGGAAUCACCACCUCAAACCCAUGGAGAAUUUAUAUCAACGAGCAUUUUACUCCUUUUUAUAAAAUGCUAUACAAAAGGACCCGGGAGACCGCUGCUGGAGCUAACUAUCAGUACACCUGGAUACGUAAUGGAAAAAUCUUUGUUCGAAAAAACGACACCUCGCCACCACUCAACAUAAUGGAAUACAAAGAUUUGGACAAUUUAAAGUGA